UCUGCUCAUCAAGCGGAGCAGUUACUCAUACACCACCUCUCUUUCUCUCUCCACCUUCUCUCUCGUGAGAAGAUAUUAUUGUCAAAUUCUCAAAGCAAAGAAUUCUUCUGUGAUUUCAAGUCUCCGCUGCUUCACGCUUACUUUAGAUUCUUCCAUUACUACGUUUCUCCUUCCUAUCACUCAAUCUCUCUUCAUGAUCUCUAAAAAUGUAUAUAAGUACAUUUGAUAUGCGGCUUAUAACAUGAAAAGGCUGAUCUGAAAUGUACAGUUGAUGCUCAAGUUUGACUUGUCAUGGCCGGUCAGAUCGAAGAACCUUUCAGCCUUAGCUUUCAGGCAGAUUCUAUACACUCAGGUUCAAUCUCAUUUGGAAGGUUUGAAGGUGAGCAAUUAUGUUGGGAAAGGAGAUCUUCCUUCUCACAUAACAGGUACCUUGAAGAGGUGGAGAAGUAUUCAAUACCAGGUUCAGUUACAGAGAAAAAGGCAUAUUUUGAAGCUCGUUUCAGAAAGAAGGCCCUUCUUAGCCAAGCCUCAUCUGAGUGUCAAAAUAGUUCUCUAGAAUAUCAAUGUAGUGAAUAUGACACCUUUGAGAAUAUCAGUUGUGGUGAAGAACAAGAGCUCAACAAGGAGGGUCGAUAUCCAAUUCAUGAAAUGAAGCCGAUUGAUAAGCAUAAUCAUCUUGCAGAUGAUGCAAACAUAAUUAACAAGGGGAGCCAUUCAUCAAUUUUUGAUGGAAGUCAUUCAUCAAUCUUUGACAAGAGUUCUGAGGGUUCAGAUUUGGAUGAUGAUUGUAUUGUGAUGGAAUGGUUUAGAGAGUCUAUAGUAACUCCAACCACUGAAUUCGUCAAAGAACAUACAAGAUUACGUAUUGAUGAAAUCAUUGAACCUGUACACGAACCCAUUGAUGUGCCUUUAGCAAUAACCGAGAAUGUCAUUGAGGAGUGCGAGGAGCCUGAUUCAGAAGAAAAGUGCAUAUCUGAGAAAACAAUGAUUCAUGAUGCAACAUCCAAAGCCAUGCAGAUGGAGCCAAAUCGGUGCACAACAGAGGAAAAUGACACUGGUAGCUUGGAUCACCAAAAGCUGGCUAGCAAGGUGAAAGCCAAAAUGGAACCCAAGUCAAUGAAAUCCAAACCAAAGUCUCUGGUUAAUCUUGUUUGUGUUCAGAGGAGGCUUGCUGUUGAACCAACUAAAGAGACUGCAAAGAAGCCUAAUGGAAAUGGGCAAAAGGGUAUACAAAAUGCUCUACCAGAAAAGCAGUUUCUAAACAAAAGCAAAGUGAAUCACAAAAGUUCAGAGACAAAAGUGACUAAUCAUGAUAAAAGUGCUGACAAAAGAUUAAAAACAAAAACUGUUGCUGCAUCAACGUCGAAAGUUAUGAAUAAGACUCCUCAUAAUGCUGACAGCAGAACAAAGCAAGUCUUUGAUCCUAAAAAACCAGUUGUAAAACAGAGUGAUGCAACUCUUGGAACUCAUGAACGUGCAGAGAGGAGGAAAAAGUUAUACCCAAAACUGGAGCACGAGAAGGUCGCGACGAACCAGAUACAAGAAAAAUCGAAGAAGAAAGAAGCUGAUAUAAAACAGUUCAAAGCAACACCCAUGCCUUCUUUUUAUCAUGGGUCUGGAAAAAAAUGGUUCAUUCAUGAAUAAGGAUAUGGUUAGCAACAACAGAUCAAGUAGGGUUCAAAACAAUCCCCUUACCUCACGCCCCAUAUCUAAUUCAAAAGAAAGAACUACCCAAAUCCCAAUUUCAAAAAAGGAGCCGAUCAAGUCAAGUCAUUCGACUCGAUCUUCCGAAUCAUCCAACUUCCCUGGGAAGAAAAUGCCUUCUCAAACCAGUCCCAUUUCAACAAACAGAAGUUUUGUAGCAGUCAAAAAGGAAGAAGAACAUGUAAGGAAAAUUGUGAGAACUCAUAAAGCUGUAGAAAUGGGAAAGGGAAAAAAAGCUUGAAGAAAAGUAAGGUAAUUAAAAUAUGCAAAGCAAACCAUAAUUAUGCAAAUUGGAUGCUGUACUUGUACUAAUUAAUAGAUGUGCUGUUCAAUGCUUUAACUUUA